CGGGCACUUUCAACUACGGUCACAGACGUUGUCGUGAACUUUGCCGGUGUUAAACUACCCUGGACCCCAGGCCGUUAACUCUGUUAUAGCAUCAGAGUAUGGGCAGUGUGUUGGCUGCCGCCUCCCCCAAUCCAGCUCCAGCUGGAGGUGGUCAAGGGGUCCCAGGCUUGGUGUCGGUCCCUCCAGGGUUCACUAUGCCCUCAGUGUCUUCCGUCCCCCCAACACCUGGAUCUGGCCAGCAGACAUCAGAUGCAGAUUCCCCACUCCCAAACCCAGGCACAUAUGAGGAGUGCCACCGCAAAUGUAAAGAGGUGUUUCCUUUGCAGAUGGAAGGGGUGCGGUUAGUGGUCAACAAGGGUCUGAGUAACCACUUUCAGGUCAGCCAUACGAUUACUCUCAGUACCCAGGGUGAUUCUGGUUAUCGAUUUGGUGCCACCUACGUAGGCAGUAAACAGACUGGACCAGCAGAGUCAUUCCCAGUCAUGGUUGGAGAUAUGGACAAUACUGGCAGUCUGAAUGCCCAGGUCAUCCACCAGCUCACAACUGCUGUUCGCUCCAAAAUAGCCAUUCAGACUCAGCAGAACAAGUUUGUGAAUUGGCAGUGUGACAUGGAGUACCGUGGUGAAGACUUCACCUCUGCUGUGACGCUUGGAAAUCCAGAUGUACUUGUUGGAUCUGGCAUUUUGGUGGCCCACUAUCUCCAGUCUAUCACACCAGCGCUGGCUCUUGGUGGUGAGCUAGUGUACCACAGGAGACCAGGGGAGGAAGGAACUGUCACCUCCCUCUUGGGCAGAUACACAGGUAACAACUACGUCGCCACACUGACUUUGGGAGGUGCAGGGGCUCAUGCUACAUACUAUCACAAAGCCAAUGAUCAGUUGCAGAUAGGAGUUGAAUUUGAAGCUAGCACAAGGAUGCAAGACACCACAACAUCCUUUGGUUACCAGCUGGACCUUCCCAAAGCAAACCUGCUCUUUAAAGGUACCAUUGACAGUAAUUGGGUGGUAGGGGCAACCCUUGAAAAGAAACUGUUGCCACUGCCUCUCACGCUGGCCCUAGGGGCUUUCCUCAACCAUCGUAAGAACAAGUUCCAGUGUGGCUUCGGUGUCACUAUUGGCUAGAAAUGCUCUGUCUGCCUGGAGCCAGCUCACAGGACACAGCUUGGACCAGCACAGAGAUACACAGGAACCUGGACUAAGUUUUAGAAAUUGGAUUCAGAGACUCUCUUACACCUGUGAUUUCUGGGGCAAACAGAGAGACAAAGACAACUACCAAGGAGCCAGGACUGGCCAAGCCAUGCCUACAUACUGUAGCACAAAUGUCUUUCCUUUAUGGUGUAUUGGAAUAUACCCAGAGGCUAGAGAGAUGUACAUCAGAGGGCAUCAGGUGAUGCAUGAGAACAUGUGAUGUGAAAAUCAAAGUAAGUGGUUAGACAUAUAAUAUAUGGUGAUCAUGUAUGAUGGAUUAAAAUAAAU